CGCAUCCAUACUCCACUGCAUCUGCCAUCUUGGGGAACUCUUUGGCCUCUGGAACCGGCCUGCCCAGCCGCUCGAUCGACGUUCGGCGAGGAGGCUGAUCCGGUCUGUUGGAUCGGAGGCGCGGCGAUGGGGGCGCUGUCGCGGCCGGAGGAGGUGCUGGCGCUGGUAAAGCUGCGGGUGGCGGCGGGGCAGAUCAAGCGCCAGAUCCCGCCCGAGGAGCACUGGGCCUUCGCCUACUCCAUGCUCCAGAAGGUGUCCCGUAGCUUCGCUCUCGUCAUCCAGCAGCUCGGACCCGAACUCCGCAAUGCCGUGUGCAUCUUCUACCUCGUGCUCCGUGCCCUCGACACCGUUGAGGACGACACUAGCAUCCCGACCGAGGUGAAGGUGCCCAUCCUCCAGGAAUUCUACCGGCACAUCUACAACCGCGACUGGCAUUAUUCGUGUGGAACAAAUCACUACAAAAUGCUAAUGGAUAAGUUUCGCCACGUAUCCACUGCCUUCCUGGAGCUUGGUGAAGGUUACCAAAAGGCAAUAGAAGAAGUCACUAGGCGAAUGGGUGCAGGAAUGGCAAAAUUUAUAUGCAAAGAGGUUGAAACUGUUGAUGACUAUGACGAGUAUUGUCACUAUGUAGCUGGGCUAGUUGGUUAUGGACUUUCCAGGCUCUUCUAUGCUGCUGGGACGGAAGAUCUGGCUCUAGAUUCACUGUCAAAUUCAAUGGGCCUAUUUUUACAGAAAACUAACAUAAUUAGGGACUAUUUGGAGGACAUAAAUGAGAUACCAAAGUCCCGCAUGUUCUGGCCUCGAGAGAUAUGGAGUAAAUAUGCAGAUAAACUUGAGGACUUCAAAUAUGAGGAGAACUCCAAAAAAGCAGUACAAUGCUUGAACAAUAUGGUGACUGAUGCACUGAUUCAUGCUGAAGAGUGCCUUCAGUACAUGUCAGCCUUGAAGGAUCCUGCCAUUUUCCGUUUUUGUGCAAUACCCCAGAUAAUGGCAAUUGGAACAUGUGCUCUUUGCUACAAUAACGUGCAUGUCUUCAGAGGAGUUGUGAAGAUGAGACGUGGUCUCACGGCACGAAUAAUUGACGAGACAAACUCAAUGACAGAUGUCUAUACUGCUUUCUAUGAGUUUUCUUCAUUGAUAGAGUCAAAGAUUGAUGACAGUGAUCCAAAUGCUGCUCUAACACAGAGACGUGUGGAUUCAAUAAAGCAAACUUGCAAGUCAUCUGGUUUGGUAAAGCAAAGGGGGUACCAUUUGGAGAAGUCACCUUACAGGCCUAUGCUGAUCAUGAUUGUCCUCCUGCUGGUAGCUAUUCUUUUCGGGGUAAUGUUCUAGCUGGCCCUUUCUUUUCCGCGAUGGAGACUUGAGAGAAACUAUGCCAAUCAGAUCCUUUUUGUACUGUGUAUUCUCCAAAGGCUGCAGCAAAUUCGGAAGUACUGACUGUAGAUCGAUACGGCUGCAUGCUACUGUUUCCAUGACUCCGUUGAUGCUCUCAAUUCGUUUGUUCAUUUUAUUUUCUCGCGCUUUGUAUUGUUUGAAGCUGUUUUAAGGCAGAAAAUACUAUCGUGACAUGUAUGAUGUAUCCUACGAACAUGUGUCUCAGUUUAGUUAGCAAUGGCUGCACCUCUGUUCUUAAGGCGUCGCCUAGGCGUCCGGGCGAUGGGCGAUGGUCUAACGCCUAAGCGCUUUGCCCGCCUACCUCACCUAGGCGUUCAGAAGGUGCUCCAACGUCUUGGACCGCCUUACCGCUUUAAAAACUAUGGGCUGCACUGUAGUUAUUCUAUGUGUUGUCUUGUUUUCAUAUCUGAUAUGUUUGUGUUUAUCAUAACUGUGUACUCUCCCAUGGCGCUAAUUAUAUUCAAUAUUAUAUG